UAAGAGAAUGUCAUAUUGCGCACACAUAAUUUAAUUUGUACUUUUUAGUAUAUAAGUACCAAAGAAAAGACAUUUGUAAUAAUAAACUGCAAAAAUAAUAACCACUUCACUACUAAAAAUUGACUUAAUUAAAAUUACAGGGACUUCAGGUACAGUCGGUUUGAGUUAAAAUAUAUAGGACGUAAUUAUCAAAAUUCAAAGGAAGGAUGCAAUUAUAUAGGUAUAUAAAAAUAUGUAUAAAAACGUAUAAAAAGAAGAGACUGAUAGUUUCGUCUAGGGAUGAAAUGUUAUAAAAUAACACUUUUGCAAAAGUUGUCUAAUUAAACUUAAUCGCGUUUGAGGGACGGCAAGAUGAAAUCGAGAUCCGGUCGUAGUUUUAAGAUCACGCUUCCUUCGCUCUUCCAUACGGAAAUAACCGGAGCGAUUGUACAAGUUCAGGCCGACCCAAUCAGUUCUCCUCGGGUAUCGGAGGCAGUUACGCGUUUUGAGGAACGUUUAAAAUGACGAAUAAAAAAUCGAGCUCAUCCGUGCAGUUCGCUUCAGGCAACGUCGAGGAGAAUUUGGGAAAGAGAAAAUUAAUUGAGAGAACGUGCGCGCAGAAAGUAAAGACGAUCGCUGGUCACGUUGGGCUUUUAGUCACUUUAAUGCUGUACACAGCAAUCGGUGGUUUGGUCUUCCGACAUAUAGAACUUCCGGCAGAACGGGCACGUUUGGAAGCGUUGCGCGGUAAUUUGCGCGCUCAGAGAUACUUGUUCAUCGAUUCGGUCUCCAACAAUACCGACGAUGUGUCGAAUUUGAGCAAAUUGAUCAGUAUGAAAUUACGAGCUUACGAAGAGGCUGUCCAAGAAGCGGCCCAAGGUGGCUUGUUAAUUAGUUCUUUAACCGACACCAUCGAUCGUCUAGAUCGAGAUACGACAGAUCUGCCGCCAAUUGUUACUGAGAGAUGGAGCGUGCUCCAAGCUGUCUUUUUUGCAAGCACUGUCCUUACGACAAUCGGAUAUGGGAACGUUGUUCCGUCGACUAAUUCGGGAAGGCUGUUCUGCAUCCUGUUCGCUUUCAUCGGCAUACCUCUGACGUUGAUAGUAAUAGCCGACUGGGGAAAAUUAUUCGCCAGCGGUGUAGUUAAAAUCGGUCUGGCCGUGAAAUCGAGAAUUCCGUUUAGCUUCUCGUUCUCCUGCGUUCCGGCGAACGUAACCGGAAGACGAUCGCUUGGUAAAGUUCUGGUCGACUCGAGCGGUUUUAAAUAUCUACAGUCACUCUACAUAUUUUUUCUAGGCGCAUUUGCAGCGAUCGUUUUGCUUUUCUUAUACCUCGCCUGCGGCGCAGGUAUGUUUAUGUUAUGGGAAGACGAUUGGAACUUCUUCGACGGAUUUUAUUUCUGUUUCGUGACUAUGACCACGAUAGGAUUCGGUGAUUUAGUACCCAAGAAGCCGAAGUACACGCUGCUUUGCACCCUUUACAUUCUCGUCGGUUUGGCGCUGACCAGUACUAUAAUCGAGCUCGUCAGACGGCAGUAUGCUCAGUCCUGGAGGAGACUGCAGAGGCUAAGCGGGCCGUUGGCAGAGGCGAUUCGCAGACUCGGUGAACAGGCAGGCGGCGAUAUGUCCGCGUUUCAUUCGGAUCUCAGAAAAGUGUUAACGGUGAUAUCCAUGCCCCGUUUGAAGUGGUCCGCUUCUAUGAACCGGGCAGUGACGAAAGAUCAAGAUUGGGAGGAAGCCGUGGAGGCUGUGCUCCGUGACAUUGCCGCGAACGCUGACAACCAACCAAAGUCGAAACCGAUAGUGCAAAUCGUGAUUUACGAAUCGAGCGUCUGAUAAAUCUAUAAAAAUCUACAAUAAGCUUCAGGAUACGUCUUCGUAAUGUUUCAUGAGAUACCGUGGAAGAGAAUUAUAUUUUUGCAGCGUGCGUUUAACUGGAUUUCCACUCGCAUCGCGCGGUAUCAUUCGAUGAUAGUAUCGAUGAAGCUGAAUUUUGAUACGAUGCAAGUGGAUAGCCAGCGUUUGUCGUGCUUUGACACGACUCGUUUUACCCGCGUGAACUGCGCGCGUCGACGGGUAAAGCCGCGAACGCGCAGGAGCCGACGAGCCCCUGAGUUCGAUCAGUAGUCCCGAUGUCGGACUGAGCGGAUCGACGAAAACAAUAAUUUGAAACACGGGCAGCCACUAAAUUUAGAAAGUUGCAGUACCGCACGGAGCAGGACAGGGGAAACGUUGUUCUGCGUGCGCUGUCGGCGUUCACGGUGACGUUUUCGUUCGUUCGGUCGAGUCGGUAAUAAUUCUGGCCCAAAUGGUCCAGGUCAUGCAAAGUAGAACGGAGCGUCCAGCAGCUAUCGUGUGCAUCGCAUAUCGUCAAUUGAGUACAAUGGCCGGGAUUAAGGAUCCGACGGAGCCACCGAAGGUGGAACAACUGAAUCAAGAGGGCGAACGAGUGAACGCUAUCGUUAAGAGAAGUUUGGCAGACUUGACGAAUAUUUAUAUGGAAGAUUUUUUCCAGUUUUCGAGAGACAUGACGCAGUCUUUCAGGUUGAUGUUAGACAAUUUAAGAAUUCGUUUCGAACAGUUCCGUGAUGAAAAUCAAUCCAUAUUCGAUUUGUUCUCGAUCGCGCAACUGCAGAAGUGGACCCAGCGAGAACAGUAAACGAGAUAUACCGACGUUUUCAUUUUAUAGAUUAAUAAAACCACGUAAUUCGACCAAAUUCGGACAAACCAGCACAUGUUUGGUAACAUUAUCGAUGUUUAAGAUCGUAUAGAUACUUUAAUAAAAAAAAGGACUGAUAAA